GCCAUGCGCCUUUAGGAGAGGACUUCGCCGGGAGAGAUGUUCGCGCCCGCGGGGAAGCGCUGCUUCACCAUCGAGUCCCUGGUGGCGAAGGAGAACCCUCUGGCGGAGGAACCCCUCCGGCCCACGGCCCUCGCCUACUCCAGCCCGGCCACGGACGCCCUGAUGGGCGGCUACCAGCCUCCGCCGGCGCGCUCGCUCUACCAGAGCCCGGAGCUGCUGUUCCCGGACUCCCUGGCCGUGGGGCCCCAGCAGGCCCACCAGGCCCAGCACGCCCAUCAGCACCUCCAGCAGGCCCAUCAGCACCUCCAGCACCUCCAGCACCAACACCCGCACUUCUUCGGCUCGCAGCACCGGGACGCGCUCAAUUUCUACCCUUGGGUCCUCAGGAACCGCUUUUUCGGGCACAGGUUUCAGGGUCACGAGGUGUCCCAGGACAACCUGCUCCUCCACGGCCCCUUCGCCAGGAAGCCCAAGCGGAUCCGGACCGCCUUCUCCCCGGCGCAGCUGCUGCGUCUGGAGCGCGCCUUCGAGAAGAAUCACUACGUGGUCGGCGCCGAGAGGAAGCAGUUGGCGGGAAGCUUGAGUCUGUCCGAGACGCAGGUGAAGGUGUGGUUCCAGAACCGGCGGACCAAGUACAAGCGUCAGAAGCUGGAGGAAGAAGGUCCUGACAGCCAGCAGAAGAAGAAGGGCAACCAUCACAUCAACAGGUGGCGCAUGGCCACCAAGCAGAGCCACUCGGAGGACAUUGACGUCACCUCGGAGGACUGAGCCCCCCCCCCCCACCGGACUCGAACCUGGACCAACACUAUUUAUGAUGUAAUAUUAUCCCGUAUAAGUAGACAUAGUAGAGGAGCCAAGAGACUGUGCGGACCAGCCGGGACACCUUGUGUUGUACAAAAGGUUUGCUUCAU